AUGGCCUCAACGCCAGACCAACAGCGUGCUGCUCGUGACUAUGCAGCCGCUGAUGCCGCUGAUGGCGCCGACGGGGGCGAUCGUCACGCGCGCAUCGCGGAGUUGGAGCGCAUGGCGCGCAGGCAGCGGAAGGAGCGGCAGCAGCUGCUGGCGCAGGCCGACGCGGCAGCCGAGCGACUGGCGGCGACCGAAGCGGCGAUCGCGCGGCUGCUCGGCGGCGACACUCGUGAACGGCCGCCUUCCGAGCAGCCAGCAGCCGUGCUGGCAGCUUCCGAGAAAUUGCCUCCUCAGUCGGACGUAGAGAGUCCGGAGGGGGUGAGGGAUCGGUCGCAGCAGGUGGGGCGGAGGCGGGAGUGGAGUGGCGAAGCGAUCGAGAGGACUGCACACGGCGCGCAGGCGGGCACUCCGAGGGAACAGCAGUCGCAGGCUGACGCUGAAACGGAGAGUGACAAUAUGGAAGGGAGGAAUAGGCGGGACCUGAGCAACGGGCAGAUUGUGAGGGGUCGUGGUGAUGCCGGCCCUGGUAGGGACGCUCGGGAGAGCUUGGAUGGAAGGUUUGAUAGGGAGGUUCGGGACAGCGGACAUGGAAGGUUUGGUAGGGAGGUUCGGGAUAGCAGGGAAAAAAGUUUUGGUAGGGGUGACGUGGGUGGGGACGACAGAGAGGGACGAGAGAGCGGUGGGAGUAGAGGCGGGGAUGGGAGUAGAGGCGGGGAUGGGAGUAGAGGCGGGGAUGGGAGUCGAGGGGGGGAUGGGAGUCGAGGCGGGGAUGGGCGUCGAGGGGGGGAUGGGAGUCGAGGCGGGGAUGGGAGUAGAGGCGGGGAUGGGAGUAGAGGCGGGGAUGGGAGUCGAGGCGGGGAUGGGAGUCGAGGCGGGGAUGGGCGUCGAGGGGGGGAUGGGAGUCGAGGCGGGGAUGGGAGUAGAGGCGGGGAUGGGAGUAGAGGCGGGGAUGGGAGUCGAGGCGGGGAUGGGAGUCGAGGCGGGGAUGGGAGUCGAGGCGGGGAUGGGAGUCGAGGCGGGGAUGGGAGUCGAGGCGGGGAUGGGAGUCGAGGCGGGGAUGGGGAGAGAGGUGAGUGGUAUGGUGAGAAGGGACGAAGGGGCGAGGGGGUGGGAGUCGGGGAUGCGAGGCACAGUGGUGUUGGUGCAAGGGAUGUGAGUGCCAGCUCCAGGGAGAAGGAUGACCAUGCGGCUGUGCGGGAGGUGCGAGGGACUGGGCUUGCACGGAAUAGGGAGGGGAGCGCGAGGGAGAAGGAGGGGAGCGCGAGGGAGGAGGGGUGGGAGCGGAAGAGGAGGCGUGAGCAGGGUAGCGAGGAGGAGGGGCGGCGGAAGGUGGGUGGUGGAGGAGGAGAGUUGCUCGAGGAGCAGCGCAGGGUGGCAGAGGGCAGAAAGGGGAGCCUGUCUCCCAUUCCCCGCCACCAUGCUGCUGCUGCUGCUGCUGCUGCUAGCAAGGCGGCAGGGAACACAGAGAGGGGGGGCGUGCAGGGCGAUGAGGGCGGGGGGGGCAGGAAGAGUGCCUCACCGCUUGCCAGGUGCGCCAGGAGGGAGGAUGACGUGGAGGGUGGCGGGAGAAAGAAGAGGGAAUUGUCGAGUGGAGGCGCGGCGCGGCUGGCAGCCGGGAUGUCAUUCGAUGACUUUCUGCUGCAGGGGGGGUCGGCCGCACGCGGGGGGGGGAGGGGGCUUCCUGGGAAGGAGGAGCGUGGAAAAGAAGAGAAGAAAACAGUCCACUGGCCGGUGGGACCUGACCAAUCAGAGGAGCUUGUGCAGCUGGUGCGAUGUGAGGGCAGUGAGCAGCGGGCAGCACGGUGGUUACCACACCUGCUGCCACCCACAUACGUCCCCAGCAACCACCGCCGCCGCCUGCGCUCCAUUGAAUUCAACCCGGCCAACCCCGCACACUGUGCUGUCAGCUCGCUGGACGAGACGGUCAGCUUCUGGUCCAUCACCGCCUCUGGGCGCAACAUGAGUCGGCGCUUCACAGCGGACUGUGCGCCGUGCAAGCGCUGGCCGGAGGACAUAGCAUGGCACCCCUCGGGCUCGCACCUGCUGGCCGCCUUUGAGGCGGACGGCAAGGCGUGCCAGGUGGCGGCUCUCAGGAAUGCACCCAAUGUGAGCGUCACAGCUGGCAGCUGUGCGCGCCUCAGUUUCUCCCACAAGGACCACCAGCAUUCACUUCCUGCCUCCACUUCUUUCACCACCUCCCUUCCACUCUUUCCUCCCUGCCCCAUCCCGCUCAGCUCACAUCUUUUACUCAAGCCCUGCUCUGUGCAAUUGUUUUCUCUGUGCACGUGUGUGCUCCCCCUCCACCCGCGCAGGCCCCCUGUGUGGCACUGCCAGCGAGGCCGGCCGCACCAGAAGGGGGUGAUCAACAGCAUCCGCUACCUGCCGUGGGAGGGGCCGCCCUUUGUGUUCGCCACGGGUGGUAGCGACCACGGGGUGGUGCUGUGGCGCGAGGAGCAGGGCCAAGGGGGCGGCGCAGGGGCAGCAGGGGACCUGCCCAAGCUCACGCCCAAGCUGCUGCACGGCACGCGGCACACAGCAGGCGUGUACGCCACGGAGGGGCUCAGAGGGCGCAGCGUGGUGCUGUCGGUGGCGGCAGACAAGCGCAUUCUGGGGUGCGAUGCGGAGAGGGGCGGUGCACAGCUGGUGUUCUCGGACAUGCUGGACUCGCGGCUGACCGACGUGCUCGCCAACCCCAUCGACUUCAACCUCUUCCUCGUGCAGUCGGGCACGCCAUGUGAGCAGUUGCGGCUGUACGACUUCCGAGCGCCGCGCAAGCAGCAGCACAUAUUCGGGUGGGAGCAGUCGGCGUCCGACUCGCAGUCCGCACUCAUCUCCUCCUGCUGGGCGCCCAGCGGGCUGCAGAUCAGCGUGGGAUCAGCGGAUCCCAAGGUGCACAUAUUUGACGUGCGGUGGGUGGGCAUGAAGCCCGCGCUCACAGUGGAUGCGCACGACAAGCGGGUCUUCAAGGCCGCAUGGCAUCCCACCCAGCCUCUGCUCGUCUCCAUUGCCUCUGAUCUUAAUAUUGGCCUCAACCCGAUUCGCACGUGA